ACUAUAGAGGCUACUAUCUAUGUAAGGCCUAGUAGCUGUUAUGGACCGCAAGGGAAAUCAGCCCGCAGGGUCGAAAAGACCUUAUGGGAAGAAGGCCCACACGGGCUUGGAGACCCCAAGGGCUUAGUAACCACAAGGACUCGCGUCCCGCAAGGCGCCAGCAGACACGUGCCAAGCAAGGCCGUAAGGGAACCAGGACCACAAUCCUAGGAAGCCCACACGGGAAUGCACCCCACAGGGACUCAGUCGAACCAAAAGGCAACAACUCCAGAAAAAGCCCGCAGGGGAUUUACGCCCACAAAGGACGAAUGCAGCAAAGCUGACAACAAACCCACAAAGCGAUCAAGGACAAGGGACUUAUCACGUCCGCUCUGC